UACAAACUUCAAAUUUAUUGGUUGUGGGUUGUAGGUGUAGGUGUAAAGUGUAAAUUUGUAUCUUGCCGGAAGAAAUGAACCCAGUAACUGUUCCUCCUUCACCUAACUGGUAUGAAGAUAAAAUUAUUGCAAGUGCUCCUGAUAAUACUUUAAUAUAUGGAUCCAGAAAUGACUUAGUCAUUUUAGAACAAAAUGAAGAUACUGAACAGGCAGCUAAUGUUAGAAUUAUUUCAAGAGCACAUGCCCAAAGAAUAUUAUCAGUGAGCAUAAACAGAAAUUGGAGUCCUUCUAAAAAAUUUGCUGUUUCAUCAGAUGAUAAAAUAGUCAAGCUUUGGAAUGUUGAAACUAGUAAAAAGAUAGAGUCCCAUAACAAACAUGUUUCUGAUAAUAGAAUUGCUGGUAUUACAUUUGCAGGAGAUGAUAGGGUAAUAAGUGUAUCUGAUGAUGGCAAUAUUGUAAUAUGGAAUAUCUUAAAUAAUGAAACUAAGGUUCUUAAAGAAGUAUUUGGAAUGAAAGUAAGCAUAACAUGUAUAUCUACAUGUCCACAUGCAAGUUGGCUUACAGCUUUUGGAUUAAAAAGUGGUUUGGUCAUGGUCGCAGAUUUAAGAAAAGAUGGAAAAGUUCUACAUAAAAUGAGAGCUCAUGACAAACCCGUUACAUCUCUUGCCUGGUGUCCAGUACCAAUCAACAUAUUUCCGAAAAGUCCUCUGAAUUAUGUUGGACAGAAGAAGAAUGAAGAAGCAGAACUCAACCAAGUAAUCGACAAAGGAGAUGAAACUGAAGAGUUAAACCCUAUAGCAACUUCUCACCCAUUACUUAAAGUAUAUGAUUCUGGCGAUGAAGAUUUUCUUAAAGAAUGUCAGAUUCUCAAAAACAAAAUUUUAGGUUCUCACGAGAACAUCACUGGUAAAGUCGAGUCUGGGGAAGCCGAUGUUUCAUCAGAUCAGUUACAUCGCAUAAUCGGUAGUAGUAUUUUAGAAAAAAAUGAAGAUCCCCAACAAAAAUUAGAUAACGAAAGUACUAGUGAAGAACCAGAGAGCUUUGAACUAAUUGAUGAUUCUGAGCUUGUUAAAGAACAUGAUUCAACACAAUGCGACAGUACAUUAACUGAAUCUUCAAAUGGGUCAACCACAACGGAGAUAGAAUUUCUAGAAAAUAAAAAAGAAUAUGACAAAGGACUAGAUACUGCAUCUAAAAAGCCAGAUGACCAGAGCAGUAAUUUGAAAGAACGAGAGAGCUGUGAAAUAAAUAAAAAAACUGAGCUGCAUACAGUGCAUGAUCCAACUGAAUCUUCAAAUGAGUCAACUACAACGGAGCUAGAAUCUCAAGAAAAUAGAAAAGAAUAUGACAAAGAACUAGAUACUGUAUCUAAUAAAUCAGAUGACGUGAGCAGUAAUUUGAAGGAACAGGAGAGCUGUGAAAUAAAUAAAAAAAUUGAGCUGCAUACAGUGCAUGACCUAACUGAAUCUUCAUGUGGGUCAACCACAGCUGAGCUAGAAUCUCAAGAAAAUAAAAAAGAACAUGACGAAGAACUAGGUACUAUAUCUAUUAAACCAGAUGACCAGAGCAAGAAUUUGGAAGAACCGAAGAGCUGUGACAUAAAUAAAAAAACUGAGCUUGAUACAGUGCAUGACACUAAAAAGAGCAAAGGUACAUUAAAAGCUGCUCCAAUUGAACCUUCAAAUGAGUCUACCAUAAACGAGCUAGAAUUUCAAGAAAAUAAAAGUGAAUCGAAAACAGAAUUACAUACGGCAUCCAAUAAACAUAAUGAUUUAACUGAAGACAGUGUAGAAUUAAAAGAGUCCAAACUUGAUAUUGCAAAUGACGAUAGUAUUGUUCAGAAUACCGAAGAUCUAGAAACUAAAUUGAAUGAUAACGUAGAUAAUCCUGAGACUGGCGCUGGCGCUGAAAGGAACAUAGUUACAGUUACUUCCGUCGAAGAGGCGCCUCAGAAAGAAUUUUUAUUGGCGUCUUCGGCAAAAGAAAGUAACAUUUACAUAUGGCGCGCAGGUACAGAUGGUAGACUGCAAACAUUUUUAAUGCUGCCCCAUAAAUCUCAUACUAAAUAUAAACCAAAAGCUCAAAUGGAAAAAAUGUGGAUAAGCCUAUGUUGGAUUACACCAACUGUACUUCUAUCGUCGUCAAAACAAUCUGAACUUCUAGCUUGGAAUUUGCCAAAACCCAAAGAUGAAUCAAAACUUAUGACCGUUAUUCACAAAGAGCAUUCAUCGUUAGUAUUUUCAAUGGUCACUACUCCAUUAUUCCUUAACGAAUAUAACUGGAAAGAUGGGCCAAUGGCAACAAACGUUUGGACUACAGCACAAGACCGUGUUCUUAUUAAUACCAACAUCACAAAUAAAACUAUUAUUUCGCGCUAUUCAACUAUUGGAGGAUGUGUGAGUUACAUUAAAGCAUCACCAGUAGAUCCACACAGAUUAGGUAUUGGCACUGCAGACGGAUAUAUUAAAAUUUUGGAUUUGAGUCGACCUCACACUACGAAUUUAUGCAUGGCCUCGUACUACCAACGAAUCCAAAGCAAGAUAACGGCACUAGCGUGGCAUCCUACCAACGAAUCUAUAUUAGCUUUUGGAACCUUGGAAGGAAGGGUCGGUUAUAUUGAUCCUACAAAUAUAUCCAAACAAACGUGUCUUGCAAAGCAAUAUUUUAAAUCGCAGAUUCACACUAUCCAGUGGGCGCCUAUAAAAGGAGAUAAAAAUAAGUUGGGACUUUAUGUUAUUAGUGAGGGACAAAUGUCUCUUUUCGAUCCGUCUUCUGUUCAACAAGAACUGAUUCCUCUCAUAAAAACCAAUAGCGCAUAUUUGUAUUCGCUCUCCUGGUCACCUGAUUACUCCAUGCUGCUUAACAUAUCGAAAUCUGGUCACAUCAUUGCCUACACACUUAAUUUAAAGGUUAUCUGUAAACACUAUUUCAAAUACCGUCUUCUAGAAAUAGUAUGGCAUCCUAAUGCAAUGGACGAUGAUGACGUGUCCGAGGAUACUGGUCCCAAUAAGUAUAAAAACUGGUUUGCUUCAAUAGCCAACUAUCACACUGUCGUUGUAUAUAAAUUUGAUAUUGAAAGUGGUAAUAAUGAUGAGAAUAUCGUCAAUGUAUAUCGUGGCGAAUCAGACAUGAUAAACUCAAUCUCUUGGAAUCCUUUUGGAUCAUCUCAAUUGGUUAUAGCAUUGGAGGUUGGAAUAAUUCAGAUUUGGGAUGCAGAAACAGGAGCAAUCACAGCUACAAUUGAAAGUGCAAAUUAUGAGCCAGUUACUGCAGCCAUCUUCAGUCCAAUCAAUCCUGAUUAUGUUAUCUCAGGAGGGAAAGAUAAUACGAUAAGAAUUUGGAGAAUUUCUGAUCAUCCACCAAAGGAUGAAAAAGGAAUACUUUAUAAAAGAAAGAAAUUGUUGAAAUUAAUGGGAAAAGAAAGUAUUCAUUCUUUACCCAAAGAAGAACCUGAUGAGGAAGCAGCUAAGAUUACGAAAGAAGUUAAAAAUUAUUUACUUCCGAAGUUUUAUGGUGGCAAAGAUAUGAAAGCAAUUAUGGAUUUAAGGAAGAUAUUCAAAUGGAAAGAAAAUCAAGAAACUGAAGAACCUGACGAGAUACGUAAAAGUAAUGAUGUUUUAAAUAUAUUUGGUACGGAUGAGGCUAUGAUCAACUUAGUUCGUGAAAAUGAACUUAUGCAUCAGAAGAGAGGAAGAUACAAUUUCCUUUCAACUUUAUCAUUGUUUAGGGGAGAUCUUAGCACAACUAUACAAGAAGCUAUUGACGCAAAACGAGUUACCCCUCAAAUAAUAGCACUGGCUCCUAUGGUAUCACCAAAACUGUGGCAGAUGGCUUGCCAUUCUUAUGCAACACAAAUGUCCGACCAACAGGGAGCAGAUCCGUUAGAAAUAGCUAUAUAUUAUUUAGCAUGUCAUAAAGUGGAAGAGGCGCUGGCGGUUCUUUGCGAAGGUAAUUUGUAUCGAGAAGCGCUUGUUCUGUCAAAAUGUCGAAUGAUGGGCAAGGAUGUAAUAGACAGUGUAAUAGAAAAAUGGGCAAGUGCUAUGCGAUUGGACGGCAAUUUCGAAACUGCCGCGCAAUGCUACAUCUAUUUGGGAAGAUAUGAGGAUGCUGCAUCCUUGUUGUACAGAAGAACCGACCUACGCAUUCUAGAAUUUCUUGUAGAACUAACUGAAAAAAUCGAUAAUGAAGAAUUGAGGAAUGCAGUUAUCUAUAGGUACAAUUCAUUCAAACAAGCAGAAGAAGAAAUCACUGAAAAAGAACCUACAGGACAAGCAGAUUUGCUCACAAGAGUAGACACUUUACUUCAGAAACAAUCUGAAGGAGUAGCAACUAAUAACAGUGGUGUCAAACAUGACCAAGAUCAAGGAGAUAAUAACGCUGGAACAAAUUUUCAACAAAUUAAAGAACAUUCUAGUAAUACAGAAGACAACGUAAAAGAUGAGGCAACAAACAAUUUACAAGCUGCUGUAGAAGUAAAAACUAUCACAGAUACGAAUGAAAAUGCUCAUCAAAUCGAUAAAAAAAAUAUUGAAUCUUCAGAAAAUGAAAUGGAAUCAUCAAAAAAUAUAACCGAAGAUAUUAAACAACAAAAAAUCGAUGACUGUAAGGAUGAACCUAGCGGAAAUGCUGAAUACGUACAAAAUGAAUCAACAACUCAAGAUACCUUAAAAUGUGAUGACAUUAAAGAUAGUAUUACAGUUUCUUCGGAAAAUGAUGAAAAUAAGGAUAAAAAAAAUAAUACUGAAACUGCUUUAGGCAUUUCUGAGAUUAUAAAAUCUGAAGAAAAGACUGAUAAUAUUUAGUCGGACUGAUUAUUAUAAGUGAGUUUCCAUAAUGUUUGGAAAAAUAUUUUUUAUUUUAUAUUAUAUAGUUUUUGUUAAUUUGCUUUUUGUGUAAAGAUUUAAUUAAUCUUUUACUUGUGUUGCUACCCACAAAGGAGAAAUACGUUUUUAAUUUGUUUUUAAAGACGACAUGAAAGAUAUGUUUUAAUUUUGUUAUAUUUAGAAUAAAUGAUUAAAGUACUUUUUAUAAAAUAAAUGUUAAGUUGCAUGCGAUUGAUGUUUUAUUUUCAUUUCGAUAUCAUUUUCAUAAAUGUCAUCUACAGUCAACUGUAA